AUGCCUAACGGUCCGCCACCAAAUAAAGUCAUAGCUAGCCAAUUUGACUGCCCUAAGCACAUGUUCUUUGAGGAAUACAUAGCUUUGACUCACUUGCCUUUGGAAUUUCGAAUCCAGUGGCAGAAUACUCUUGUACAGCUCUCAUUCCCGGUCAUUGACCUGAAGAAAGUCGAGACUACACUCUUCAUACUGCAGACUAUAUACCAAUCUGGGCCUCGCGGGACUAGUGGCACUUAUCGGGAGAGCCAUGAAAUCAUUAGUGACGAUACGUUCACCAGGGCAUUUACAGAAAAGAUUGAGGACGCUAUGCAGAGUCUCGAUGAAAACUGGGAAUGUGCUCAGGCUCUGUAUUCGCUAAUAUGCUUGACAGCAAGAGUGCUGACUCUAAGCUCAAAUGAAGGGAUCCGAAUGACAUGCUUAAGACUUCUAGCAGACAUGGGAAUGAUCAGUUAUUCCUGGAAAUCGACUGUCAACCAAAUGGUCAUCAUCAGCCCUUACGAAGCGCAGGGAUUAUAUCCCUCUAUCAAGGAGUCUAAACAUGUGACAUUGCAUCUCUACGCGCCCCGGUCCAGUUUAGGACUUAAACCAUUGGACAAGUUAGACCUCUACAAUGUCUCCGGCGAGGUUACCAAUGCUCUAUGUAUACCUCGGGGUUUCAUUAUAGAGCUGAAUCUAUUUGCCGGACAGUUGUACCUGAGUUCGUAUGAGGAAUAUGUGGAAGUCUGCGAUUUCCUGGGUGUGGCAUGGCAGCCAAUGGGCGAGGACAGCCUUGUCGCCACAGACGGUUUCAUUCUGCGCCAGGAUAAGAACAACAGGGCAGAACGCUUAGAAUCAACGUUCCGACAAAGCCCGAUAAAGUUCUUAAAUUUCCUUAUGUCGCAAAUUCGACGGAAAGGCGAAGUUAUUGACAAAACACAUAUGGGCAAGAUGUUUAACGGCAUAAUCCUUGAUCGAUCAGAUUUCGAAGAGCCAAGGAGAGUAGAGAAAGACCAAGUCCUUUCGGACUGA